CUCACUGGGCGGCAGUGGCUCGUGAUUGGCCAGGCGGCAGCCGGGCGGCAGGCGGACACUCCAGCACCGAGGGGCGACCCAAACCAAAACAUUGGCAGUCACGUGUUGAAUUAUUUUUGUUAUUUCUAAAGCUGGGGCUGAGUCUGUGGGCCACCUGUGUGUCUGCGUGGAGAAGUCAUGACAGUGGCCUUCGGUAUCUAUGUCGGCUGUAGCUCGUGUUGUAUCGCCGUCAACAAGCUGGCUACUGGGUCCAUCCACUGCAUAGUUACUGACAGUUACCAGGAAGGAGAUGAAACUUGUUCAGGAUGGAAAGUUUGAGGUUGUGGCAAAUGCAGCAGGAGACAGAGUCACACCAGCCAUUGUCGCCUAUCAUGAUAUGGAAGUGGUUACAGGUCUGGCAGCCAAGCAGGGGAUGAUCCGGCAUGCUGCCAACACCAUCCAGAAUGUUCUUCGGGUUGUUGGUACCACAGAGGAUGAGGGUCAGGGGCAGCCGUGUGGGGGCAGUGGCAGUGGUGGGAUGUGUCGCCCUAACUGGGAGGGAGGACAGGCCCGUUACAGUGUGCAGCGAGGAGACAAGACAGUGCAGGUUACAGCUGAUGAGGUCAUCACUCACAUAUUUAGCCUCUUGAAAGAGAUAGCCAUAGCACACACCAGUGAGCCAGAGCUGCCAGUGGUGAUUUGUGUGCCAGCCUGGAGCAGCGAAAACACUGUUGCUGUGGUGAAGAAAGCAGCCAAGAAGGCUACCUUCAAUGUUCAGGCCACUGUGUCCCAGCCAGCUGCUGCUGUCUUGGCCUAUGGGCUGGCAGAUGACAACAAACAGAAUGCGUAUGUAGUUGUGCUUCACUGUGGUGGCACAACUGUAGUGGGAUCUGUUGUGGAAAUUGCUGGUGGGCUGCUGACUUUGAAAGAGUCUAUUACUUCCUCAUCUGUUGCCGGAGAUUCUCUCACCAAUGUGCUAGUCCAACACUUUGCUAAAGAAUUCUAUACAAAGUACAAGGGAGACCCUCUGGAAAACAGACGGUCACGGCGGAAGCUUUACAAUGCCUCAGAAAACUGUAAGCAUGUUCUCUCCACAAUGAACACCUCUCAGGUUUAUGUUGAAUCUCUUUGGGAGGGUGUUGAUUUUUCCACAACACUGUCUCGGGCACGUUUUGAUGGCCUAGUAGCAGGGACAUUGACAGCCUUCUUGCAGUUGGCAAGAGAAGCAGUCCAGAGGUCUGGUUUGACUGAGGCACAAAUUAGCAAGGUGAUACUAAGUGGGGGUUCUGCAAAGAUUCCUCGUUUGCAGCAACUUGUAGGUGACGCCUUUUCCAAGGCUGACUUGCUGUGUUCCUUGCCCCCGGAUGAAGUACUGGCUGCUGGCGCCUCUAUGGAAGCUGCCUUGCUGUUGGGUCAGUCGACUCAUGCCUCAGUGGCCUCUUCUUUGGUCCCUGCCUUGGCAACCUCAAUAUUUUGUAAGAUACUUGGAAGUGAAAGCAAUGAAUGUGUGUUCAGUCGUGGAACCCCAACUCACUCACGUCAAAUGUUAAGCCAAGCACUGCCCACACCUGCCCCUGCCAACUGUACUGUUGUGAUCUAUGAGGCAGAGGAGCUUGUGGAAGAUCCCCAAGAAGAAGCUGUUCUAACUCAAAUUGAUGUCACAAAUUUAACUCAAGACUCUAAAUUGCUUCGACUAGAUUUCCACUUAAAGAGUGAUGGUAGCCUUCAUGUAGUUCUACAAGAGACACACGCAAAAAUUAACCGAACAUUCAUCAUAGAAUCUGGAAGGAGUUGAGGCUUGUGGCUUUUAGUUGCUUGAACAGGCUUCAUCCCUUUUUGUACUUCACCACAAGGUGAGCACAGCGGCCGGCACCAUGUUGAGCAGUGUGCAUCCACCAGCAUCAUAGAGUCCCCCGGGCGGCCCUGCCACAACGAGGACGCCAGUGAACCACUAUCACAGUCUGGUGGCGGCAGCCAUGUGUCAGCUGCCACCACCUUCACUACAACACAAUUCCUGAAGCAGCCUAGAGUCCAUGCUGGCCACCUUAUAAAAUAAUUUACCUAAUAAAAUUCUUUAAAAAUUAA